ACCAAAGCUGUGCGUCUGUUACUGUGGAUAUUUUUAAUCGCUUUUCUUCCACAAUAUAACUUUACUAUGGUGGCUACUCGACAUUGUUGUUAUGGAUUGUGCCGUUCUGAUUCACGGUAUGGAUAUAGAGAAUCGAUGAAAGGAGUGUAUUUUAUCCCGUUUCCAAAACCACACCUUGGAAUGGAAAAGUCCUUAAGAUGGGUAAGGGCAUGUCGUCGCGAAAAUUUUACGGUCAGCAACAUAACCAAGGACACGUAUAUUUGUUCGCUGCAUUUUAUUGGUGGAGAGGGGCCUACAGCUGAACAUCCAGAUCCCAUUCCAGCCACAGCCACUUCGACGCAGGUCCAACAAAUGAAGAAGAGAAAAGCACCCACGAAUCGUCAGGCUGCACCACCACCAGGGAAAAGAAAGACUGUUGUUGAAGAUGGAAUUGACAACGAGAUGGCUGAUACACUUCUUGACCUUGCUCAAAAUGAGAUUAACACAACGCGGAAAUGGCAAAGUCGGUCUUUGAAGGAAUGCACACGAUGA